AUGACACAACAGCAGACUAGACCACCAGCUGCCACAAGGACGACCGCCAAUACAACUCCCAAAAGACCACUAGCUACCCCUCGAAAGUCAAUGCCUCUAGCUGGUGCGAGCUUAUCAACGCCUUCACCAAUCGCCAAACCUCAGCCGAGACGUUCUCUCCCGGCCAGACGGCAGCCAAGUCCGAAAUCUACCUGGAAGAUAGCUACGAACGGUAGAGAUACCCCUAGAGCAGGUCCGUCAACUCCUCGGUCUUUGACUCCGAAAGCUGCAGCUAGACCAUCUCCGGCUAGGAUACCUUCACCACUUCGUCAAUCGCCCGCUAAGAUACCUUCGGUAAAAGAAGCUUCUCUCUCGUCGGAAUCCUGGGUCGCUGAUCAGCCUCUGGGUCCUAAUGGUUUUCCAGAAAUAUUCAGCGAACCUACCAACUGGGAUGACCCUAUUACAGAGGAGGAUUGGGAAUUGAGGACAGAAACCGUCAAUGGGAUCGAACAUGGGGAAUCUCCAUAUGCUGCUUUGGAAACUCACUAUCUUCGUCAGAUAACGCACUACAAGAACCUGCUCGUCAAAUCCCAAUCAGCCUCUUCAUCUUCACUCCAUGACCUACAUAGUCGAUUACACUACUUGCAAAAGCAGUAUAACGAGUUGGAAGCGGAACACGCAAGAUGUAGCGUAGCAGAUAAAUCUACACAGAAACAAGAGGAAUUUGAGAAACGGGCUGUGGCUGGUGUUAGAAAUGAUCUGGCUGGGACAUUGAGAGGUAUGGAUAGGGAUGAAAGGAUCAUAAUUUUAGGUCUAGUAGCUGAAGCAUGUCAUCCUUCCGAUAUAAAUGCGCAGAUAGCUAUCCUUGAGAAGUACAGGAGAUCAAGGUUUGAUAUCUUGUCUCGGACUGAUGAAGGAUCUCAAAUCAGGAUACUGGGAUUAUUGGAUGUCAAGGAUAUCCUUAAUCUUAGGACGGUGUCUAAGGGGUAUAGAUACAUCACGCAGAAGGACUCGUUGUGGAAAAUGCUAUGUAGGCAACAUGAAUGGAGAGAUUGGGAUGGUGAAGCUGGCUUGAAUCAUCUCGAGAAUAUACCUGAAGGAGGAUGGGAAGAAUUGUAUAAAGAUCUCUGGAAGCGGGAAAGGAACUGGAACACAGGAAUGGCUCAAAAGGUGUUCUUGCUUAAAGGACAUACAAACUAUGUCACCUCACUCCGUCUAAGAGGAGAUGUAUUGAUCAGUGGAUCAUACGAUGAGACCAUACGGAUAUGGCAUCUCCCUCCUCUGCUCACUCUAACGCCCUCUUCGAUCCCUCAACCGCUGGUGAUACCUGCGAAAGCAGUAGCACUCAACGAGGAUUAUCUGGUAUCUGCAGGAGCGGACAAAGCCCUAGUCAUUUGGUCAUGGAGAACGGGAGAAAAGAUAGUACGAUUUGGUCAACAAACGAAUAUAUGUGUUGGUAUUCAACUCAUUAACGAUUACAUCGUUUCUGUCACGGUCGAUGGAAUCAUCAGGACAUUCAGUAUCAGGAAAAGAGAGAUGUUGACUCAGUUCAAGAUAUCAGAUCUUGCUAGGACUCUUAGUGGUGGUACGAGAGAAAAGAAGUGGAUGUCCAAAUUGAAAGAUGUGGGCGGUGGACUAGGCGGCAUAGGUAUGAUUAACUGGUUCGAAGGUCAAGGCAACUGGAUGACUUGUGCCACAAGGGAAAUGAUCAUUCGUCUAGCAUGGGACGAGACUGAGGAGGUGAUACCUCUCGCCACUUCAACAACUCGACCUUCUAGUCCUGCGACCCCGUCCCCAGCCAAAGGAAGGAUCCGAACCGUAUCCUCGGCUUCUAGGGCAUUACCGAUGGCGUCUACACCUACCAAGACGCCCAAUCACCUCAGACAGCGCACCACUUCCGGAUCUACGCCUACAUUAGGUAUCAAAAGAUCUGCACCCAGCUUGACAUCCACCGCGAUGUCACCAAGCUUGUCAUCACCUGCUUCGAAAUUGGCAAACCUCACUUCACCUGCAAGAGCUAAGACUCGAUCAUCAUCUGGUACAGCGACUCCAUCUCCACUCCGAAGUAAAGGGACUGUCAAUCUGGACAGAUCUUCUAGUCCAAUCACGCAAUCAUCUUCCCCUAGAAAAUCAGUCAUAUCAUCCCGACGAACAUCUUUGGCCUCUGGCACUCCUGUCCCUGAGGAGGAAGAGAUGAAGCUCAAUGAAGGGAAGAAGAGGAUCAUACCCCUUCUGACUAAAGCACCUAAGGUCCUCGAACUCAUGCUCCUGACGUCAGGAGCUGAUAGACAACUUUAUGUCGGUGUGCCAGGCCAGUCUGACCAAGAUGGGCAAGAUGGAGGGACAGAUAUGAUACCUGUAUGUGGAGCUUGGAGAGACAAAUCGGAGGUAUUGAAUUUACAGACCCCAGGAAAGAAUCCUAUGAGUAUAGUAUUGGAUAGAGAAAAAUUCGUUUACGGGUGCACGGAUGGAAGUAUCGUGGUAGUGGGGUUUCUAGGACAUGAUUAUGUGGCAGAAACGCACCACGAGGUGGAGUAG